AUGGAUAGACAAUUCAAAGGGUUCGAACCUAUUCAUACUGUUUUUUACUCUAAUUUCCAUCCUACUGAGGGUUCUAAAGUUUGCUAUCAGUUCCCACCAAAUAACUUACAAAACUAUAAUAUUAACUUCAAUUCAGUUAAAAACUAUAUUAUACCGAAACCUCAAUUAUGUCACAAAUUGUUGACUAUGAAAUAUGAAAACUACCGGAUCGUAUCUUACCCAGUCACUGUCAAUUCACAAUCGUAUGCAAGAAACUUCUUUAGUUUUAAUUUUGUAUUUAUAUUCCCUUACGACUGUGAAACUUCACCAUACGAACCAGCUAUUGCAAGAUUGGCUAAAAUGUUUCGUGUCCUAGAAGAACAAAACCAAAUCUUAUCAUUGGCAGAAAAUGACCCAAUAUUCUUCAAGGAUCCCUCUACAUUAUCAAGUAAACCAGAUUCAAAUUUCUCGAUUCAGGAUCUUAUAAUGAGAAUAUAUCAAGAUCUUAACAGCUAUUCAGAAUGUUUAAUCCCGAUUAAUGAUGCCAAUACUGUAGACAUUAAACUUUUUCCUCUAGUUCCACCGCCAACCGCAAUUCAGCUAUCAGUAGAUGCUGUUCCAAUAUCUGUGGUGAAUAUGAACAAAGUUAUAGAUUUAAAUUGGGAUCCAACAAUGCUUAACAUUCUACCAUUUAUUGAUGGGCUUAAUAGUAUUUCAAAUAUCUCAAAACUAAGUGAUAGUGACUCAAAUUUAGUAAUUGAAUGUAUUAGACAUCUGAUCUAUUAUAAAUGUGUCAUAAUAACUGACAUUUUCCAGUUUUCCAAUAUAUAUGCUCCAACAAAUCAGAUCACCACUUUCUUAUCCGAUCCUAAACUAUCUUAUGAUUGCCAGCUAUAUGUAACUUUACCAAAAAAUGCAGAUAUUUUAAAACUCCCAUUUAAUGAAUUGCCAAUUUCAAAUAGUAACAGUAAUCUUACCUCUACAACAAACCUAGCCAGAGGUGGCACACCAUAUCACAAAAAAACCAAUUCCAUGUCGUCCCAAAACUCUACAGCCAAUAGGCUGUUUAUGUCUCCUGGACGAUCGUCCAUAACCUCAUCCCCAGUCUCGUCAUUAUACCCAAAUAGGAAACACUCUGAGAGUUCCCUAUCAAGUGAUGGUCAAUUUUUCAGGUCAUCUGAUAAAUAUAAUUAUUUACCAACAAGAUCAACCUUAUUUGAUCUAUACAGGUCAUUAAACCAUGCUAUUACAAUACAGACGUGGUAUGAAAUAAAUUAUGACAUAAUUAAUACAAACAAUAUUGAUAUUAGAAGAUUGAUUAAAUUUGGAAUAACGAAACGACUGAUAUAUAGAGUGUACUCUUACCCUAUUAUGUCUGAUAAUAAGUUAAAAGACACGAGAAUUCUUAAAAAAGAUAAUAAAGACAGCAAGAAAGACUUUCUAUUAUCAACUUCUGAUAUUAAAUUUGAUGUCGGAGAUAAGCUAUUAAAUUCGAUUUACAAAAAACUAUCCAAAGUAUCAUUUGAUAGCACAAGCCCUUCUCAUGAUAUGUUAGGAAGUGCAACAAGUGUAGAUAAAACAGAAACAAAAGGUAAAUACACUUUAAGUGAUACUGAAAGGGAAAUGUUAGUUGAGGCAUUGGAUAACUUUGAAUCGUUUGACAAAAUAUGUGUCAGGCUAGGGAAACCUAGAGCUGAAGUUGAAUUAUUACUUCGAGAGAUUGGCGAAUACAAAAUAAUAAAUAUUUAA